CGAGCGGCCGUCCUGCCGGACUGCUGGAGGCGGCCGCAGCGCCAUGUUGGAUGCUCUGCUCGUUGAGUGAAGAAAAUCCGCCGGCAUCGCCUGAGCCCCGCUACCGAGAAGGGCGCCGCUUCCCCCGGGGAGGGGGAUAAAGACCCCCCGCCGCCGGCCCAUGAGGAUAUUGCCGUGAAAGGCUCAGCGGCUGCAGCAGGAACCGGACCCGGCACCGGAGCGGCGGCGGCGGCGGCGGCAGCAGCGGUACCGCCUCCUCACCCGGCGGCAGCAGCGGCGGCGGCGGCGGCGGCGGCGGCAGCGGCCCCUCCUCACCCGAACAUCAGGGCCCUCCAGACCCAGGCGCCCCAACAAAUUCUAGAGGACCUGUGCAGCAGACUCUCGAGGAUCGAAUCUUCACUCCUACUGUCUCGGCAGUAUACAGCACGGUAACACAAGUAGCAAGGCAGCCGGGACCCCCGACCCCUUCCCCUUACUCAGCACAUGAAAUAAACAAGGGGCACCCAAAUCUUGCGGCAACGCCCCCGGGACAUGCAUCGUCCCCUGGACUCUCUCAAACCCCUUAUCCCUCUGGACAGAAUGCAGGUCCAACCACGUUGGUAUACCCUCAAGCUCCUCAGACAAUGAAUUCACAACCUCAAACCCGUUCUCCGCCCAGCAGAACAGUGCCAAUACAUUGCACAGACAACUGGAAGAGGAGGAAGGUUUUGGAACAGACUCCCGUUUACAGGUCCUUGGCUGGAAGAGGCUGGAUAAAAUACUGCAUUUUUGCAGCGGGGCCUCGACCUGCCCAUCACCAGGGAGGAUUCAGACCCAUCCAGUUUUUCCAGAGGCCUCAAAUACAGCCUCCUAGAGCUACCAUCCCGAAUAGCAGUCCUUCCCUUCGUCCUGGUGCACAGACACCCACUGCAGUGUAUCAGGCCAAUCAGCACAUCAUGAUGGUUAACCAUCUGCCCAUGCCGUACCCAGUGCCCCAGGGUCCUCAGUACUGUAUACCACAGUACCGUCAUAGUGGCCCUCCUUAUGUUGGGCCCCCACAACAGUAUCCAGUUCAACCACCAGGGCCAGGUCCUUUUUAUCCUGGACCAGGACCUGGAGACUUCCCCAAUGCUUAUGGAACGCCUUUUUACCCAAGUCAGCCAGUGUAUCAGUCAGCACCUAUCAUAGUGCCUACGCAGCAGCAGCCCCCUCCAGCCAAGAGAGAGAAAAAAACAAUAAGAAUUCGGGAUCCAAACCAGGGAGGUAAAGACAUAACAGAGGAGAUUAUGUCUGGAGGUGGCAGCAGAAAUCCUACUCCACCCAUAGGGAGACCCACAUCCACACCUACUCCUCCCCAGUUUUUAUGUUCGCACGCUCAUUAUCACCCUUUUUUGUACUUCAAAUCCCAGCAGCUGCCCAGCCAGGUCCCAGAGCACAGCCCUGUGGUUUAUGGGACUGUGGAGAGCGCUCAUCUUGCUGCCAGCGCCCCUGUCACUGCAGCCAGCGACCAGAAGCAAGAAGAGAAGCCCAAACCAGAUCCAGUGUUAAUGUCUCCCUCCCCAGUCCUCAGGCUCGCACUCAGUGGAGAGAAGAAAGAACGAGGAGGCCCGACCUCUGAGACUGCUGUGGUGGAAUCCUUACCAGAGCUUCCGCUGCCGCCGUCACCCACCACUGUUUCUCCACUUGGCCGAAGUACAACUGCUUCCCCCAGCUCUGCUACUCUGAGUAGCCAGCCAAUAUUUACCACUGCUACAGAUGACAAAUGUGAACUCUCUUCCUCAACAGAAGACACAAUUCCUACACCCAACCCCACAUCUUGCACAGAAGCAUCAGAUCCUUCACCAACAGAUGAAAUCGAUGAUGAUAUAUGCAAGACAUCUUGUAGUAUAGCACCUAGUGAUCUUCCGCUGAUUUCUAGUACUAACCUAAUUAAUGAAAUGAACGGAGUUAGUGAAAAAUUACCAGCCACAGAAAGUAUCGUGGAAAUAGUAAAACAGGAGGUGUUGCCAUUGACUCUUGAAUUGGAGAUUCUGGAAAAUCCCCCAGAAGAAGUGAAAGUGGAGUAUGUCCCAACUCCCAUCACCCCGUCCGCAGUUCCCUCCUUUUCUCCAUCUCCUCCAACUCCUCCAGCUUCUCCUCCUCCCACACCAGUCAUUGGUCCUGCUGCUGCCACUAAUGUUAGUACUGCGAGUGUUCCCAGUGCAGUCCAGAGAGUCUUAGAAGAGGAUGAGAGUGGAAGAACUUGCCUUAGUGAAGAUGCAAAAGAGAUUCAGAACAAAGCAGAAGUAGAAGCAGAUGGGCAAACAGAAGAGAUUGUGGAUUCUCAGAAUUUAGGUUCAAGAAAGAGCCCUGUCCCAGCUCAAGCAGCUAUAACUGCACCAAAGAUGUGGAAGAAACCAAAAGAUCGGACCCGAACCACUGAAGAGGUGUUAGAGGCAGCUUUGGAGCCUAAAGCUGAAGAGGAGCUUUCAAGUGACAAAGUACUUGAAUCUGAGCAGGAUAAAAUGAGCCAAGGGUUUCAUCCUGAAAGAGACCCCUCUGACCUAAAAAACGUGAAAGCUGUGGAAGAAAAUGGAGAAGAAGCUGAGCCUGUACGUAAUGGUGCUGAGAGUGUUUCUGAGGGUGAAGGAGUAGAUGCUAAUUCAGGCUCCACUGAUAGUUCUGGUGAAGGGGUCACAUUCCCAUUUAAAUCAGAAUCCUGGAAGCCUGCUGACACUGAAGGCAAGAAGCAGUAUGACAGGGAGUUUUUGCUGGAUUUCCAGUUCAUGCCAGCCUGUAUUCAGAAACCAGAGGGUCUGCCUCCCAUAAGUGAUGUGGUUCUUGACAAGAUCAACCAACCCAAAUUGCCAAUGCGAACUCUGGAUCCUCGGAUUUUGCCUCGAGGACCAGACUUUACUCCAGCCUUUGCAGAUUUUGGAAGGCAAAGCCCUGGUGGAAGAGGUGUACCUAUUUGCAAGGUGCAGAGUAGGCAUGGAUUGCAAAUUCUGGAACAGAGCAAAGCCCCAACUUGCACUCCACUGGUGAUGUCACACCCACUCCUGAAAAGCCUGCCUCUAGGGUUGUUGAAUGUUGGACCUCGGAGAUCUCAGCCCGGUCAGAGAAGAGAACCCAGGAAGAUCAUCACAGUCCCAGUAAAAGAAGAUGUGCACCUGAAAAAGGCAGAGAACGCCUGGAAGCCCAGCCAAAAGCGAGACAGCCAAGCUGAGGAUCCCGAAAACAUUAAAACCCAGGAACUUUUUAGAAAAGUUCGAAGUAUCUUAAAUAAAUUGACACCACAGAUGUUCAAUCAACUGAUGAAGCAAGUGUCAGGACUUACUGUUGACACAGAGGAGCGACUGAAAGGAGUCAUUGACCUGGUCUUUGAGAAGGCUAUUGACGAACCCAGUUUCUCUGUGGCUUACGCAAACAUGUGUCGAUGUCUAGUAACGCUGAAAGUACCCAUGGCAGACAAGCCUGGUAACACAGUGAAUUUCCGGAAGCUGCUACUGAACCGUUGCCAGAAGGAGUUUGAAAAAGAUAAAGCUGAUGAUGAUGUCUUCGAAAAGAAGCAGAAAGAACUCGAGGCUGCCAGUGCUCCAGAGGAGAGGACAAGGCUUCAUGAUGAACUGGAAGAAGCUAAGGAUAAAGCCCGGCGGAGAUCCAUUGGUAACAUCAAGUUUAUUGGGGAGCUCUUCAAACUGAAAAUGCUGACUGAAGCCAUCAUGCAUGACUGUGUGGUAAAGCUGCUAAAGAACCAUGAUGAAGAAUCCCUCGAGUGCCUGUGUCGCCUACUCACCACAAUUGGCAAAGACCUGGACUUUGAGAAAGCCAAGCCACGUAUGGACCAAUAUUUUAAUCAGAUGGAGAAAAUUGUGAAAGAAAGAAAAACCUCAUCUAGGAUUCGAUUCAUGCUUCAGGAUGUGAUAGACCUAAGGCUGUGUAAUUGGGUAUCUCGAAGAGCAGAUCAAGGGCCUAAAACUAUUGAACAGAUUCACAAAGAGGCUAAAAUAGAAGAACAAGAAGAGCAAAGGAAGGUCCAGCAGCUCAUGACCAAAGAGAAGAGAAGACCAGGUGUCCAGAGGGUGGAUGAAGGUGGGUGGAAUACUGUUCAAGGGGCCAAGAAUAGUAGGGUACUGGACCCCUCAAAAUUCCUAAAAAUCACUAAGCCCACCAUUGAUGAGAAAAUUCAGCUUGUACCUAAAGCACAGCUGGGCAGUUGGGGGAAAGGUAGCAGUGGUGGAGCAAAAGCAAGUGAGACUGAUGCCUUACGGUCAAGUGCUUCCAGUUUAAACAGAUUCUCUGCUUUGCAACCUCCAGCACCCUCGGGAUCUACAUCAUCCACACCUUUAGAGUUUGAUUCCCGUCGGACCUUAACCAGUCGUGGAAGCAUGGGCAGGGAGAAGAAUGACAAGCCCCUCCCAUCUGCAACAGCUCGUCCAAACACUUUCAUGAGAGGUGGCAGCAGUAAAGACCUGUUAGACAAUCAGUCUCAAGAAGAGCAAAGGAGGGAGAUGCUGGAGACCGUGAAGCAGCUUACAGGAGGCAUGGACAUGGAGAGGAGCAGUGCUGAGACUGACCGGAACAGAACCAGGGAGUCAGUAGUGAAACCAGAAAUUCCAGCAAUGUCAGCCCCUGACAAGCCUGCAUUGUCAGAGGAGGAAAUGGAAAGGAAGUCCAAAUCUAUCAUUGAUGAAUUUCUACACAUUAAUGAUUUCAAGGAAGCCAUGCAGUGUGUAGAAGAGCUGAAUGCUCAGGGCCUGCUACAUGUGUUCGUGAGAAUGGGAGUGGAGUCCACCCUGGAAAGGAGCCAGAUAACCAGGGAUCACAUGGGCCAAUUACUGUAUCAGCUGGUGCAGUCAGAAAAACUCAGCAAGCAGGACUUCUUCAAAGGUUUUUCAGAAACAUUGGAAUUGGCAGAUGACAUGGCCAUUGAUAUUCCCCAUAUUUGGUUGUACCUUGCUGAAUUGGUGACCCCCAUGUUAAAAGAAGGCGGAAUCUCCAUGAGAGAACUUAUCAUAGAGUUUACCAAACCUUUAAUUCCUGUCGGAAGAGCUGGAGUCUUGCUUUCUGAAAUAUUACACCUUCUAUGCAAACAAAUGAGCCAUAAGAAAGUGGGAGCCUUAUGGAGGGAAGCUGACCUCAGCUGGAAGGACUUUUUACCAGAAGGGGAAGAUGUACAUAAUUUUCUCUUGGAGCAGAAGUUGGACUUUAUAGAGUCUGAUAGUUCCUGUUCCUCCGAAGCACUUUCAAAGAAAGAACUCUCAGCGGAAGAGCUAUAUAAACGACUUGAGAAACUCAUUAUUGAGGACAAAGCAAAUGAUGAGCAGAUCUUUGACUGGGUAGAGGCUAAUCUAGAUGAAAGCCAGAUGAGUUCACCUACAUUCCUUAGAGCUUUAAUGACAGCCGUUUGUAAAGCAGCAAUUAUAGCUGACUGCUCUACCUUCCGAGUGGACACUGCUGUUAUCAAGCAGAGAGUGCCGAUCUUACUCAAGUACCUAGACUCAGAUACAGAGAAGGAACUGCAAGCACUUUAUGCACUACAAGCAUCAAUAGUAAAACUUGAUCAACCUGCCAAUUUGCUACGGAUGUUUUUUGAUUGCCUAUAUGAUGAGGAGGUGAUCUCUGAGGAUGCCUUCUACAAAUGGGAAAGCAGCAAGGACCCUGCAGAGCAGAACGGGAAGGGUGUGGCCCUGAAAUCUGUCACAGCAUUCUUCACAUGGCUGCGGGAAGCAGAAGAGGAGUCUGAGGAUAACUAAAACUUCAAAUACACAAAACGAAACAAAAGAAACAAUUUAAGUAUUUUUUUAAAAAGUUUCACGUCUUCGCCAAUCACAGUGCAGCAAGGCCAAUUCUCGCAGAAACCCCCACGUGUGCACGAGUGGGAGAGGGGAAAGAGAAAAAAAGGUGAUCAUGGAGGAAAAAGGUACUGGAAAAAAGUAAACUUCAAACCUGAGGGCGGGAGCACUAAAACCAAAAUACAUGUAUUAUUUAUAGAAAAUAUUUUCUGUUUUAAUCUUUUCUUUUUAAACAAGGACUCAUACUUAAAAAAAAAAAAAACACAUCUGUUUAGCAAAAAAAAAAAAGUUGAGAACUUUUAAUUUAUUUUAAGGACUGCAAAUGCCAGUGUAAUUUUUUAAUUUGCAGUUUCUGUAAACAACUUGUAUAAUAGAAAAGCAGAGAAAUAAAUUUCCCUCCCCUUCAGAUGCACCUCACGUUUGUUUUAAAGCAUAGUAGUUAGUCCAGAUUUAAGAAGGUUUGGGGUGAACAAGGUAAGAAAGAUUUUUUUUUUCUUUUUGGCAUCAGAUCUUUCUGCCUGCCUCUCAGCUUGCUUCAGAAAAUAAAAAAAAAAUCACAAUAGUAAUCAAAACAUACAUAACCUGGAACAGAAGGAAAUGCUGUGGACCAGAGAACUCCAAGAAUUGUUUAAAAAAAAAAAAAAAAAAGUGCUACCCUGGGAAAAGUACUCUUAAUACUUUUGAAAUCUUUAGAGCAACUUUAAGGCUUGUAAAUACAUAGAACAAAUAU